UUAACAUGCCAUAAUCUAAGACAUUCGAUAUGCAACUGAACUGUAUUAUCAUAUAGGUUUAACCAAUCUAAUCUUUAAAGAGGUUACACCAAUAAAAAGUAAAGUUUCUCGAGAAAAAAAAUCCAAAGCAUUUCAAUUCAUUGAUUUGCACUUGAUCUCCCAACAGAAUUUUCUCUGACAUACUAUCUGAAUGCGAUCUGAAGGUUCUAUUACGUACAGCUUUCAACCCCUGCAUCAACCUUUACUAUUAUUGGUACAUGACCACGUUUCUUAACAUGCUGCAUGACAUAAAAUACAAUAACAAAGGCAGAGUUUCUAUUACAUGGUGCAGAUUUCAACCAUAUAAAUUUUUCAAUGGUCGUGGGUUCGAUUCUCAUAACUGCCGCCCUUUUUUAAAUUACAUUUAAAAAAUAAAGGUAACUUCUUAUCAAUAUUAUGUAAUGAGAUUAUUUUUUUCUUUUUCUUUUUUACAUGAGCUGGAUGAUCUUAGAACUGUCAAGUUUCGGUUUAUCACAUCAGUCAGACACAUGUAAUUCUGUAACCACCCGAAUGAAAGUGAAAAUUAAGCUAUAGAGGCACCAGCUAUAUAUCCAUUGAGUCACAUCUCAACAUAUAUUUUACAGCUGGUCUUGUUUUGGAUUCUGUUAAUGCAGACAAUCAAGGUAAUGCUGACACGUACCAAAAUAGUGAUGAUCCGCAGAGCAUCGACAAUCUGAAACACAUUUAUGACACUGGCUGUAAAUGUACUAAAACUGAUUCAGUAACUUUUCUUUCCUCUGAUCGAAGCAAAUAUUCUUAAUCUAUGGGAAAUGACAAAAAUGAGAAGGAAAUGCUAAUAAUGGGCACCCUUAAAAAAUAAGCUCUGACAUAAGAUGUAAAGUAGACGCAAACGCUCCCGUUAUGAAUGUUUAUUGAUGGAGUAAAAGUGUGCCUUGAAAUCAUUCUGGUGGUAUUUAAUAUAAAAGACAGGCAACUGAGAAAUAUCAGACGCAAUAUGGAAGAAAACUGUGCGCAGUCAUACAGAAUGCCUAACCUCCAGACGUAAUUAAAGAUGCAGUUAAGUUUAUUAAGAGGAUAUUUUUUCGUUUGCGUGAAAUAUGGUAUAUAUUUUCAUGAAACAUGAUAAAAUGCCACAUAUUUUCACGAGCCGGUACGGCGAGUGAAAAUAUGUGGCAUUUUAUCAUGUUGAGUGAAAAUAUAUACCAUAUUUCACGAAAAACAUAAAAAAAAAAACUUUUUAUUUAAUUUCAUUAUCAAAGAAAAUGGUAACGAAUUCCCUUGCUUGCUACCAACUGCUAUUGUACAGCGCGCAGUAAUAUAUGCGUAAGCACGCGCUGUUUGGCGCUACAUUGUGACGUCAUGUAAAAAAACUCUUAACACGUCUGUACAGCGUUGAUUACUGAAUUAAAGAUAUUGGUGUUCGGAUUAAUUUUCUUAGUUAGACCAUUUUCUAUCAUGCUAGAUAGUUUUCAAAACAAAAUUCAAGAAAAAGUUGUUUUGUAUUCAUCAGAUUUUUCAAACAAACCGGCGAAAGAAGUCCCUUAAAAUAAAUAUGAGUUUUAACUCCACCCACUUUCAUAUUUAUAUUUCAUAUUUAUUUUAAAAAAAUAUGAAAUAUAUUUGACUGAAAUAGCACCAUAUUGCAUGGGUAAAAUUAAAUAAACUGGUAUACUGAGUUACGCGAGUUAGGAGGGAUUGCCUCAGCCUGCAGUACUAAGGGGGGGGGGGGGGGGUGAUGAGGCCCCUAUAUAUUUACCGUCGUCUGAUGUAAUGCAUUCAGUGCACAGUGAUUACGUUUCACGCUGUACGGAAGUUGGGAAGUUGGUUUAUCAACAUUUAAAGAUAUAUGGGAAACGUGUGUGCCCUAUAUAAAAUAUCCUCGCCGAAAGAGGAUGUGUGUAAAGCCUGUGAGGUCUGUAAACAGGAUAUUAAGCUUGCCCAGGGUGAAAACGACAAGAUAGAGGCAACCUUGAAAUACCAUCAACAUGUGCUGCAAGUAAGAAAGGAACGUGACCUUUACAUGGAACUUGUAGAAAAAUCAAAAUCAAUGUUUGUAAAUCGGGAACAACACAACCAGGCUGCCGAUGAUAACUUUUCUACAAAUGACGUACAUUAUACGUUUGACGUCAGUCAGUAUGUUAAGUUGCCACAUCAUGCACAAGAAAAGGGACCCAUAUUUUUCAUUCAGUCGAGAAAAGUGCAGAUAUUUGGUUUCCGAGCCGAUGGCUACAAACAGUACAAUUAUCUCAUAGAUACG